GGCGGCUGCAGUGGGAGUUCAGGGAACGCUGGCGGCGGUGGCUUCUCAGCAAAGCAAGUGUCUGAGACUGAGACUCCGCAGCGGCGGCGGCGGCGGCGGCAGCCGGGACCGAGAUACAGAGUUAACGCUGGAAAUCUGGAGAAGCAUUUUAUACAAAUUGAAAGAUUGGGCUUUCUCUUCAGUUUUCCAGAUGUAUUGUCUCAUCUGCAUACUUGAAAUAUCCACAAUCACAUAAACUCCAGAUGUAACCAUGGAGUUACGCGACCCAUCAAGAUAUAGGAAAAGUGUGGCCAAGGUUCGGAACCAGGCAGUUUUCCACCAGUUCAACAAUUAAUAUAAACAUAUAUUCUCUGCUGAUUAUCAGGAAUAAAGAGCCAAAUAAAGUCAUGCACAUUCUGUUGGCAGAUGGACUCUGUGGCUGUUCAAUUUUACUGUAACUGGUUACUCUGCCAUUCAAAGUCAACUUAAUAUGCAAGUUCCGUCCAAAUGGAUGUAAAGAUCUGUGUUGAUGUACCCAGAUGCUAGCAAAUGUUGACGAUAAGAAACCUAUUAUGACUAAUCCUUGGGAAGAGAAAGUCUGCAAAAUGGCUCAAACGAGUUUACUGCAGGGGAAGCAGUUUUACUGUAGGGAGUGGGUUUUCCACAAGCUUCAGCAUUGCCUCCAGGAGAAGACUAACUGCUGCAACAGUGCUGUCAACACACCACCCCUUGUAAUGAAUUCUGGGAAUAAUGCUAGUGUUGUCUCUGGGAAAGGAGCUGCCUGGGGUGUGUUACUGGUAGGAGGGCCUGGUAGUGGCAAGACAGCCUUAUGCACUGAACUCUUGUGGCCAAGCUCACCUACAAGCUUGCAGAGAGGUUUACAUCGCCAGGCUUUGGCCUUUCAUUUCUGCAAAGCGCAGGACUCUGACACUUUGUGUGUUGGAGGGUUUAUUAGAGGUCUGGUUGCUCAGAUCUGCCGUAGUGGACUACUCCAAGGAUAUGAGGACAAACUAAGGGAUCCAGCAGUUCAAAGCCUCCUACAACCCGGGGAAUGUGAGAGAAACCCAGCGGAAGCAUUUAAAAGGUGUGUCCUGCUCCCUCUUUUGGGGAUGAAGCCGCCGCAGCAAAGCCUCUAUCUUCUUGUGGAUUCUGUGGACGAAGGGUGUAACGUUACUGAGGGUGAACAGAUGUCCACCAGCUUAUCUGGGACUGUGGCAGAGCUUUUGGCUGGUCACCACGAGUUCUUUCCACCGUGGCUAUUGCUUCUCUGUUCUGCCCGAAAACAGAGCAAAGCUGUUACUAAAAUGUUUACUGGUUUUCGAAAAAUAAGUUUAGAUGAUCUUCGGAAGGCAUAUAUCGUUAAGGAUGUUCAGCAGUACAUCCUUCAUCGUUUAGAUCAAGAAGAAGCUUUGCGACAACACCUCACGAAAGAAACUGCAGAGAUGUUAAAUCAACUGCACAUUAAAAGCAGCGGAUGCUUUCUUUAUCUAGAACGAGUUCUCGAUGGAGUUGUAGAAAAUUUUAUUAUGUUGAGAGAGAUUCGUGACAUCCCAGGAACUCUAAAUGGUCUGUAUCUCUGGCUGUGUCAAAGACUUUUUGUAAGAAAACAGUUUGCAAAGGUUCAGCCUAUCUUGAAUGUGAUUCUUGCAGCCUGCCGGCCUCUGACCAUAACAGAAUUAUAUCAUGCAGUAUGGACAAAAAAUAUGUCAUUAACCUUGGAAGAUUUUCAACGCAAGUUAGAUGUCCUCUCCAAACUUCUUGUUGAUGGACUUGGAGAUACUAAAAUACUAUUUCACUACAGUUUUGCAGAGUGGCUCCUGGAUGUGAAACACUGCACUCAAAAGUAUUUAUGCAAUGCAGCAGAAGGACACCGAAUGUUGGCUAUGAGUUAUACCUGUCAAGCCAAGAAUUUAACACCAUUGGAAGCACAAGAAUUUGCGCUGCACUUAAUUAAUUCGAACUUACAGUUAGAGACAGCUGAGUUGGCUCUGUGGAUGAUAUGGAAUGGCACACCUGUCAGAGACUCCCUGUCUACUUUAAUACCCAAGGAACAAGAAGUGCUGCAGCUGUUGGUGAAAGCUGGCGCUCAUGUCAACAGUGAAGAUGAUCGCACAUCAUGCAUCGUUCGGCAGGCCUUAGAAAGAGAGGAUUCCAUUCGGACAUUACUAGACAAUGGAGCUUCAGUAAAUCAGUGUGAUUCUAAUGGGAGAACAUUACUGGCUAAUGCGGCUUACAGUGGCAACCUUGACGUGGUGAAUUUACUGGUCUCUAGGGGAGCAGACUUGGAAAUAGAAGAUGCUCACGGACACACGCCACUCACCCUGGCUGCUCGACAAGGACAUACCAAGGUGGUUAAUUGUCUGAUUGGUUGUGGAGCAAAUAUUAAUCACACCGAUCAGGAUGGCUGGACAGCAUUGAGAUCCGCGGCUUGGGGUGGUCACACUGAGGUUGUGUCUGCACUGCUUUAUGCCGGCGUAAAAGUGGACUGUGCAGAUGCCGACAGCCGAACAGCUCUGAGAGCAGCAGCCUGGGGAGGACAUGAGGAUAUUGUGCUGAACUUGCUCCAGCAUGGUGCUGAAGUCAACAAAGCUGACAACGAAGGCCGAACUGCUUUGAUUGCGGCUGCCUAUAUGGGACAUAGAGAGAUCGUGGAACACCUGCUGGAUCACGGAGCGGAAGUGAAUCAUGAGGAUGUUGACGGCAGGACUGCACUCUCUGUGGCUGCACUUUGUGUUCCUGCAAGUAAAGGACAUGCAUCGGUCGUUAGCCUUCUGAUUGAUCGAGGUGCUGAAGUGGAUCACUGCGAUAAAGAUGGCAUGACGCCCCUGCUGGUGGCUGCCUAUGAAGGACAUGUCGAUGUGGUUGACUUGCUUCUAGAGGGGGGAGCUGAUGUCGACCACACGGAUAACAAUGGGCGUACACCCCUCCUAGCUGCUGCUUCUAUGGGUCAUGCCUCAGUUGUAAACACGCUUUUGUUUUGGGGUGCUGCCGUGGACAGCAUUGACAGUGAAGGGAGAACAGUGCUUAGCAUAGCUUCAGCCCAGGGAAAUGUUGAAGUAGUCCGUACUCUCUUGGACCGGGGCUUAGAUGAAAAUCACAGAGAUGAUGCUGGAUGGACACCUUUGCACAUGGCAGCUUUUGAAGGCCACAGAUUAAUAUGUGAAGCACUUAUUGAACAAGGUGCUAGAACAAAUGAGAUCGACAACGAUGGGCGGAUACCUUUCAUAUUAGCGUCACAAGAGGGUCAUUAUGACUGUGUUCAAAUAUUACUGGAGAAUAAAUCCAACAUUGAUCAGAGAGGUUAUGAUGGAAGAAAUGCUCUGCGGGUUGCUGCGUUAGAAGGACACCGGGACAUUGUUGAAUUGCUUUUUAGCCACGGAGCUGAUGUUAACUACAAAGAUGCUGAUGGCAGGCCAACACUUUAUAUUUUGGCCUUAGAAAAUCAGCUUACAAUGGCUGAGUAUUUUUUGGAAAAUGGUGCAAACGUGGAAGCAAGUGAUGCUGAAGGCAGGACAGCACUUCAUGUCUCGUGCUGGCAAGGCCACUUGGAGAUGGUGCAGGUUCUGAUCACCUACCACGCUGAUGUCAAUGCUGCUGACAAUGAGAAGCGCUCCGCACUGCAGUCUGCAGCCUGGCAGGGCCACGUAAAAGUGGUGCAGCUUCUCAUUGAGCAUGGCGCCGUGGUGGACCACACAUGUAAUCAGGGCGCCACCGCGCUCUGCAUUGCGGCCCAGGAAGGACACAUUGACGUCGUGCAGGUUUUAUUAGAGCAUGGUGCCGAUCCAAACCAUGCUGAUCAAUUUGGACGCACUGCUAUGCGAGUUGCAGCCAAAAAUGGACACUCUCAGAUAAUUAAAUUAUUAGAAAAAUAUGGUGCAUCCAGUUUGAAUGGCUGUUCUCCAUCUCCUGUUCACACGAUGGAGCAAAAACCUCUACAGUCAGUGUCUUCGAAGAUGCAGUCCCUAACAAUUAAAUCAAACAGCUCAGGCAGCACUGGUGGUGGGGAAGUGCAGCCUUCGUUGCGCAGUUUACCAAAUGGGCCAGCUCAUGCAUUCAGUUCUCCUUCAGAAUCGCCUGAUUCGACAGUUGAUCGGCAAAAGUCAUCGUUGUCAAAUAAUUCCUUGAAAAGCUCAAAAAAUUCAUCUUUGAGAACUACUUCAUCUACAGCAACGGCUCAAACAGUGCCAAUUGACAGCUUCCACAGCUUGUCAUUUACAGAACAAAUUCAGCAGCACUCGUUGCCACGCAGUAGAAGUCGCCAGUCGAUUGUCUCCCCAUCUUCCACAACACAGUCCUUGGGCCAGAGCCAUCAUUCACCGAGUAGUGAGUUUGAGUGGAGUCAAGUCAAGCCCAGCUUGAAGUCAACGAAGACGAAUAAAGGGGGGAAAUCAGAAAAUUCCAACAAAUCUGGGUCAGCUGGGAAAAAAGCUAAACAAAAUAAUUCUUCACAGCCGAAGGUCUUAGAAUAUGAAAUGACACAGUUUGAUAAAAGAGGACCCACAGCCAAAUCUGGGACCAGUGCACCAUCUAAGCAGAUGCCAGCAGAUUCACAGUGUAAAAUCAUGAUUCCUUCAGCUCAGCCAGAAAUAGGCCGAUCUCAACAGCAGUUCCUUAUUCACCAACAAAGUGGGGAACAGAAGAAGAGAAACGGAAUAAUGACAAAUCCAAAUUAUCAUCUGCAGAGCAACCAGGUUUUUCUCGGUAGGGUUUCAGUCCCACGGACAAUACAAGAUAGAGGGCAUCAGGAAGUGUUAGAAGGAUACCCUUCCUCGGAGACGGAAUUAAGCCUUAAACAAGCUCUGAAGCUUCAGAUUGAGGGUUCUGACCCUAGCUUCAACUAUAAAAAGGAAACACCAUUAUAAAAGUUUCCUAUUCUGUGAAACAGAAGACAUUGUGAUUGGAGUGAUUCUUCAGCUACUGGAUGAAAACAAAAUGCCUGUUGAUUUGCUGAAAAAAAAAAGAAGAAUGUGAUACCUGCAGUACAGUUACCUUAAAUACUGUCACGUGCCUCAGUAGUAAGGCUGCCUUCUCAAUGUAACCCUCUGUGCUUAAAAAAUUUCAUUUUGUGUGCUUUGUAUUCACUACCCAAGAGUAAGCACUUUUUUUUUUUUUAAAUGCAGAUAUAUACUGCAGUUCCCUGAUAAAAGAUGAAAAAUAUUUUGAGUAUUUUAAGUUAAUAUUUGAUAAGUGUGCAUGUGCCAUGAUCAAAUAUAUAUGAAAAGGCAGUGUUCCUUGUAUUUAUUUUUUUCUUUCUGUGGCAAAUGAAACUUAAGCAUACUGUUUCAGUCACACUUACCUUGUUGUAAUGUAUAGUUUGUUUUCCUGUAUCCUUAAAAAUGUCACUCAAUAAAAUAAACCAUGCAACUCUUUUAUGUUCACUACACCUUCAGCAUUGGUUUAAAAUGUGUUUCUAUUUAAUGCUACAUCAAGGUGAAAAAAUAGUUUCAUGAAAGAUUUUCGAAAAGUCUAGUAUUUUAGGGAGCUGCUCUAAGCAGUUUAAAUUUAGACUUCUCAGUGUAAUCCUCCUAAUCUUCAGCUAAAGGUGUGGGAAAAAAAAGGAAAAAACCCAUACACAGACUAUAGGCAGAACAAAGUUCUGUUUCAUUCACUGGGAUGCAGUUUCACCUUCCUCUCACUUGUCAUUCCACAUCCAAGAAGACAGAUGAUCAUUCCUGAGGCAUGAAAAUUCUCAGGGACAGAGCCAGGCCUCAGUGGCAUGUGUAUAGAGGGAGAUGCACCUGUCUAUCUGAGGGUAGAUUUUUGAUCCCUGAACAAUUCACUGACUACCCUUCUUUCUUCCAUCCAGUUAUGUAAAACAUUUACCACUGUAGAUUGUGAUGCCGGCUUCUCUCUGUUCUUUCUAUUUUGUAAAUCACUGCAUGUCUGAAAUAGCCCCCCACUCAGAAUCAAUUGGAUCAAUUUUAAUGAUUAGUUGGAUGAAUAUUCUUGAUGAAUAUGUGUUUUCCUUCACAGAUGACACCACUAACCUAUCGGCCAUAGUACAGAUGUAUUUUUUUAUUGCUAUUUGCUAAACAGUAGUAAUGGAUUUGCACUUUUCUGUCCACAUACUCUUUCCUGUUUUACUCUUUGGACAAUCACUUCUAGAAUGAUAGAUGCCAGGGUUAGGGGUGAAGUCUGUAACCAAGGAAAACAAAGUCAGCUGUUCAGAUGAGCAUGUGACCCACUGCCUUGACCUCCUGGAUGGACACUUAAACCAGUUGAGCUAGAUUGGUGUAUGCAUGUCUGGAGAGGUUCAAAUUUGUUUAGAAACCAAGGUUGCAGGUUUGAUCUUUACAAAAGCCCUGGGAUCUUACAAAACCCAGAAAUUCUAUUCUUUCCAUGUGCUGUUGAUGAAGAGGAAUAGGAAAGAGAAUUUGGAGAUUCAGCACAAAACCAUUGCAGCUACUGGAAAAAAAUCUUUAGAAAAUGUCUUAGUAUCUGAGGUCAGUAAUGUCAUCUUCAUAUAUGAAGGACACAUGCAUGAUGCAUUGUUCACAGAAACAGAAAUAUGUAGUUGGUCGUGAUAAAUGUUUCACUUGAUCUUCCUGUAAGGCUUUUGUUUUUGCUUCUGUUUUUUAAAGUCAGCGAAACUUGGGUGUUUAUAUCAUCGGUAAGUCAUAAUCAGAAUAGGAGAUAAGUUCAAUCUAUAUUAAGGUGACAUGGCAAUAUUUCUAACUCGAAUGUGAAUGUUUCAAGUGUUGAAUUUUUGUCCCUAUGGGACAUUUAUUAAAUACACUUAAUAGGACUCUUGCAAAGUAGCCUUAAAAGUGUUAAUGAUUCUGUUAAUAACUAUGAACACAUCCUAUUACUAGAACCAACUCUACUCAUAUCUCAAAUACAGUACAUUUACGUAAUUUAGAAGAGAAAGCUCUAAUUUCUUAUUAGGUGUAUUUUUCUUUAGAAAGAGAAUCUUGAAAGCUGCCAGUUUUUCUAUUAAACCUUGAAUUAUUGGAAUUGUAUUUAUUUAAUUUUAUUGUUUUUACAAAAAUGCACCUUGUGGCCAGCGGGCAAAGAUAUGACUCGUGACACAAGGGAUUUCUGUUUUCUGAAGAGCUCAGUGUUUUCAUAUCCGUACUCUAUUCACUUGAAACAGUUGGUAGGAAGAGAACCUGUUGGAAAAAUACGCUUUUCGGAAGUAAAUAUUCCUCCGGAUGUUUUUACAUGAACUAAGUUUUGGAAUAGAACAGCAAUGGCUUUCACUUGGGGUAAGGCUAACACGCGGGUCGAAGAAGCCCUGCUUUGCUUAUUGGUUUCUGUGGGGAUUUAUCUAAUACCAUGACUGAAAAUAGCUUCUGCUCCAUUGAGAGUAAAAAUAGCCCCAUAAAUAGAAAACUCCUAAAUAACUAUUUUUUAAACAUUAAAUUUUGUAAAUCGCCUGCUGCCACAAUACAGCCGUGGUCUGUGUGCUUUUAAACAGCUCUAUACCCCUCCAUUUGUGUUCCUUUCCUAAAAGUCAUGAGUUGAUAGCAGAGGAAGUGAUAUUUAAAAAAAAUAAAGUAAUGAAAACUAAAAUGUCCCUGCGCGUAGGAAAGGUUUUGGAAGGAAAAUGGAGCAGAACUCAGUGUGUUCUGCAGAAUACAGCCAGUUAUGUUGUGUCCCUCACCCUCACCCCCCAUGCCCACCAGAAUCCUCACCAAAAGUAGUUCACUGCUCAAAAAAACAGGAGUAAGUACUUUUUCCAAUAUUGUUUGCCUAUGCAAAUACUUGUUUUACUUUAAUGUCCUCCAUUACACUUUGCAGCAAAUGUAGUUGCAGACAAAUGCUUUUUCUUUUUGAAUUUUUCCCUUGGUUUAGGGGUAUGUAAAUAGCCUAAAAAUGUACAUUGAAUUUCACAUUGUAAAAGUUUUAUUUUAUUCCUUGUAUUAUAUUAAGCAAAAAUCCAUAUGUAAAUGAAAGUGCAUAAUAAAUAUAUUUGCUUUACAGAGAA